GGUUCCGGUCCAGUUAGUACACUGAAACGAAGCUCCAAAAACCAUGCAAAAAUCCCAUCCGAGAUACAACACUGCGGCCUGGCGUAAGCUUCACACUGGUCGCCGGCCAUCGCACUUCGCAAUUUCCCAGGCAGCCUCCGCACUCGCGUUACACCACUACCUUAGCGUCUUUAUAGUGCCCACCUUCCAUCAGCGUUCAUUCAGCUCUUCUAUUAAAGUGGGACGGAGUUCGGCGGAGGAAUAAACAUAGCAUGCAGCUCCAGCUCGUGUCGGGCGACGAACUCGACGUGUUACCAUCCUCACAGCCUAAACUACGGCCGAUGUGCGACUUUGAAGCGACCAGCAGCGUCCUCAACGCCCCAAGGCGCGCUGAGCUCUCGCGACAGCGUCACUGUGUGGACUUUGAGCACCAGACCAUCGAGCUGCGUCAGGCCUUCCGUACAGCGCCAGAGCCCGUGACAUUGGACUCUCCUCCGCUCAGCUCUAGCCCCAGCUCCAUCCUGCGCAAUCGGUCCACGUCUGCUAGCGUAAACCUGCGGACGUUGGAGCGCAGCACUACAUACAGCGAAGACAGCGAGGCGCCCAAAGAGAAGCUCAAGAAGAAGAAGAAGGUCUCGUUCCUGCAGACGGAGCCCGAACAGGAACUUGAACAGAGUUAUAGCAAUCAGUGCAGCUGCCAGAGCUUAAAACCCUCAGAUGACGUCAAGGACAUGCCGUCUCCUAUCCACGCUGCGUGCAGGAGAGCGGAGCUACAGGCGCUCAAGCAUCUGCUGAGCUUCUACUUCGGUGCGGAUCUGAUUAAGCUCGUAAACUCGAGCUGUGCGUGUGGCCGGACGCCGCUUGAAGUGGCCUGUGAAGCAGGUGACGCUAGGAUUGUCAAAUUGCUGCUCAAGCGCCAUGCAGACCCGAACAGCGCAGGCAGCGCUAAGCCCGGAGCAAAGCAGACUCUAUCCAGCCAUAUUCGCAACCACAGGAGGCGCAGUAUCGACCCAAUGUUCUCUCGUAAGCGGAAACAGCGGACUUGUUUGGGUAUCGCCUGCAAGAACCGCAAGUCGGAUAUAUUGGAGUUAUUGAUGCAGUACGGCGCUCGUAUUGACGAGGACGCGUUGGUGAUGGCUGCUAGUCACGGUCAUGAGGAUGUGAUCCGCACUUUGGUGAACUUUGCCACUGCAGACGCCAAGAAGAAGGCCAGUCCAGUGCAUCAGCUUUUCCAUAAGAAAGGAGCAGAAGCAAACGAGCGUGUCUACGUGCCUCUGAUCUCCAGCUCUACGUUACAGAAGGCCUGCUCAGCAGCUGCAGUAGACCACCCUGAGCUGAUUCGUGUCCUAUUGGGUGAAGGCAAAAAUGCUGUUUCUAGGCAGAAUGUCAUCAAGUGCGCGUUCGACGCUGUAAAUUUGCCGGAUUACCGUCUGAUCAAGUGCUUGGCCAAGAUGUACGACCCCCGAUUGCUGCUAGAAGCACGCGAAAAGACCUCACAAAGCUCGCUAUUGCAUGCCGCAGUGAAGAAUGGCAGUGCUAAGACCGUUUUGCUGUUGAUCAAGAUGGGUGCCGAUGUACAUGCAAAAGAUGGUAGUGGCAUUCCGCCUCUGUAUUUGGCCUGUGCUCGUGGCCAAGAGGUUGUAGUGCAGUCUCUACUGGAGAAGGGAGCCAAGUGUACGGCAGUAGGUCCCAGUGGCGAGACACCGCUGCAUAUUGCUGCCCAGGAGAACCAACUGGCAUGUGUGAAGCUGUUGCUGGAGGUUGGUAAGGUGCCAGUGGACGAUGUGACUCACGAUCACUGCACGGCACUCCACUUGGCGUCUCAGCGUGGCAACACAGCGGUCGCUGCGUGUUUACUGGAUCACGGAGCUGACGUGGAUGCAAUGACCGUGGACAAUGAGUCGUCGCUGCUGAAGGCCAGCCGCAUGAGCCAGUUCCAGACCGUUAAGCUGCUUCUAUCCCGUAACGCCAGCACUCAGCAGCCCAUACUAACGUCAAGUUCAUCCGAGCAGAAGUUGACGGUCGCUAGUGGGGAAUCUUUCGAGUCCUCAUCGAGUUCUCAAGACUCAGAUGCGCAGUUGGCUCGGAGUCGAUCAUGGAACGGCAAGAGCAGCAAGAACAACGAGCGGAUCUUCAUCGCCAAGUCCAACACGCACACGUCGCUCAAGCGUUGGCUUCGCUCUGUGCUCAACAACUAAAAAAGAUACGCUGGCGGAUUUCUUACACGAACGGAAGUGUGGGAAGAUCAUGCCGUGCGUCAAGUUAUGAAUCAGGCUUCGCUUCAAGCCACCAAGACAAACACUCAGUAUAUUAUUCCACCUACUAUGGCCAGUCUGUAGAUGGCCGCGUUGUAUCGAUAGAUAUGUAGAUCCACUAAUUUACCACAAUUUUGAUUAUUAUCCUCA